AUGCUAUUCAUACCCAUUCAUUUCCUCGUCGCAGUCUGUCUGCUCCACACAAAGACCGGCGUGUUAGCGGUGCCUCAACAUGCCAUGAAUCAAAUGCACGGAUCUUUCUCUCUCCCACUGCAGCGAAGAAUCCAGACUGGAUCUGGAUCCACUGACGUGACGGGAUACACCGACAACACCGGAGAAUACGCUUGGCUUGUAGAUGUUACCAUCCGAGACCAGACUUUCUCGCUGGAGUUGGACACAGGAUCUGAGACUACGUGGGUAUGGAGCAACCAGAUAUCGGAGCCUCCACAAGGCGGGUCUGGCAAGCACACGGAGUAUGAUUACGGAGCCAUUGCUCCUAGUCCCGUCGUCAGCGGCUCGGAUUUUUCCCUGAUAUACUCGGGCGGAAGCAGCGGCAUCUCUGGCAUAGUGGUCCAAGAUACGGUCAGCGUUGCCGGCGUUGGGGUCUCUAUGCAAUUCGGUGCUGCACAAGUCGUACCAGGGGACUGGUUCUACAGCGACGGGCUUCUAGCCUUGGGAUGGUCAUCCGGGAAUUCGAUCACAAAUAAGCCACCCACGUUCAUCGAGCUUAUUCAACACGGCCUAGAUGCCCCCAUCUUCACAACGCUCUUCGACUUGACCAAUGCUGGAGGUACCCUUGGUUUUGGCGCCGUCGACCCAACAUACAGCUCUAGUCUGAAAAAGUUGGCCGUUGACAACUCAACUAGUUCCCUCUGGCUCGUCGACAACCUCAGCUUUACCGUGGGGGUUGAGACAUACCCGCAAGACACUAUCUUUUUCGAUCUCGGCAGUCCAACCAUCGCCAUACAAAACGACACCGUCAACGCGUACUGGAAGUCUAUUCCCAACGCCGUCCGUAUAAAUGGCACGAAUUGGGCGAUGCCGUGCUCCGCCAAACUCCCUGACCUUCACUUCACCAGUCCCCUGAACGGUCAGUACCAACAUGUGAUUCCAGGCUCGAGUUUCACGGGUGCGCUCGCCUAUAACGUGCCGGUCCUUGAAGUCGAGUUUCCGAUGUGUUACGGAGGUCUCGUGGCCCAGUCUUGCCCGUCAGGUUGCGCGGUGAUGGGCGCGCCGUUCUUCGGGACCCACUAUGUGGUGUGGAAUAUUGCCGAGCCCAGUGUCAGCUUCGCGCUGCGGGAGGGAGUUCAGCUGGGUGUUGCUGCAUAG